AUGGCGAAGCUCGAACCCUACAAAGGGGGUGUCUACCUCUGGCAAUAUCUGCCUUCGCUGGCGGCCGCCGUGAUCUUUACCAUCGUCUUCAUCGUCGCCACGGUAUUUCAUUUCAUCAAGCUAUCGCAAUGGCGAGCCCGCUUCUCUCUUCCCUUCGCCAUCGGUGGGAUCUUUGUCCAUCUCUCCCUAAUUUCUAUCCGGUGGCUCACGAAGACCUUUGUUAUGGGCGAUGUCGUCUCCUUCCUGGUCCAGGGUCGGGCGGCGGGAUUGAUGGUCUCCGGCAAUAAUGCGACACUCGGCAAGGAUAUGGUGGUGGUGGGCCUGAUGAUCCAGAUCAUCAUGUUCGGCUUCUUCGUGGUCACCGCCAUGAUGUUUCAGAUUCGCCUGCAGCGGCGUCCGACCCCUGGGGCCGUGGAUGGACGCAUCAAUUGGCGAGGGCACCUGCAUCUGUUGUAUAGCGUGAGUCUGUUGAUCAUGGUCCGCUCCUUGUUCCGGGUGGUCGAGUAUGUGCUCGGGGAUACCGGGUACCCGCUCACCCACGAGUGGACGCUGUACACGUUCGACGCGCUGCUGAUGGCACUGGCCAUGGUGGCUUGGCUGGUCUGGUACCCGGGGAAGCUGGCCAGACCCGAUAUGGGGUUGGAGAUGUUGAAUCGCCACGAGCGGGCUAAUGUAUAA